UCUGACGGAGGCAUUGGUCUGUACACCGCCUUUAUCUGUUUUACUCAACUGUUUACAAAACAUUGCGUGGAACAGCCGUGGUUUGGCGUUAGAUUUUAAGGUGAACUCCAGUUAUUCCAAAUAGCCGGGACGACGUUUUGGCUGUGCUGGCUGUUAUUUUCCUGGAUCACAAGCGGUUUUUCUCCUAUGCGGACGAGAGGAUCCCUACCGCAUUUUUUGUGCCUGUGCAACGUGGACGCAAAGCUCUACACGGGAGACGGGAGAGUCGCACUGUCGGAAUAAAAUUACAGUCACAAACCAAAAAGAAAAACGAAGAAGACUCUUGUCGCUGGUUCGUGGUGGAUAUCCUCAAAGGAAUGCUGCUGUCCAAGCUCAAUUCUCUGGCCCACAUCUCCACCGUAGAUAUGCCGGCGAAAAUCCAGCUUCAAGUUCAUCAAGUUAAGGAGAGGGAGCCUUUCGAGAAGCUGUACCAGGUCGGCGCGGUCCUGGGCAGCGGCGGGUUCGGCACCGUCUACUCCGGUACGAGGAUAGCCGACGGGGCUCCGGUUGCUGUCAAACACAUAGCCAAGGACAGAGUCUCCGAGUGGGGAGAGCUGCCUAAUGGCUCUCGGGUUCCUAUGGAGAUCGUGCUGUUGAAGAAGGUCGGGACUGGUUUCCGCGGCGUUAUCAAAAUGUUGGACUGGUUCGAGCGACCGGACAGCUUCAUCAUCGUGAUGGAGAGACCGGAAAACGUCAAGGACCUGUUCGACUUCAUCACGGAGAGAGGUCCCUUACCGGAGGAGCUGGCGCGGAGCUUUUUCCGCCAGGUGCUGGAGGCCGUGCGACACUGCCACAACUGCGGCGUGGUGCACCGGGACAUCAAGGACGAGAACAUUCUCAUCGACCUGCGCACCGGAGAGAUGAAGCUCAUCGACUUCGGAUCCGGAGCCCUGCUGAAGGACACCAUUUACACAGACUUUGAUGGAACCAGAGUGUACAGCCCACCAGAGUGGAUCAAAUACCAUCGCUAUCAUGGGCGCUCUGCCACCGUUUGGUCCCUGGGUGUCUUGCUGUAUGAUAUGGUGUGUGGGGACAUCCCGUUUGAACACGACGAGGAGAUCACAAGAGGGCAGGUCCUCUUCCGGAAGAGAAUCUCCACAGAAUGCCAGCAGCUGAUCAAGUGGUGUCUGUCUCUGCGGCCAGCGGACCGUCCAUCCUUCGAGGACAUCAUCAACCACUCGUGGAUGCAGAGCACAUCCUCCUCUGUAGUGCCACCCACAGUGCAGACAGAGAAGACAGCCACAGAGAUCAGACUGCACAGCAUCAGCCAUGAGCCCACAGCCUUUACACCCACCCCUGUAGCCGUGGCUCGGUGAUGGAGGCAAACAGUUCACCCUGGGCCGAACUGGACUGCACUGACACAAGAGACUAUUACAAAAGACUUAUGUAACAGACUUGAAGCAGAGAGGAGAGGGGGCAGGGCAGCGCACAGGCCACAUGUCCCAGCACAGUCGAGAACAAGGUGUAAAGGACUACAGACAGAGGAGGCCGAGAUCAUGACAAAACCAUCACUCCUUGGUUUGAACCUGGCGGGCCACGCCCUCUCCACCCCCACCACCCCAACUACUUGCUUUUCCUAGUCGUUGACCCGUGUCAGAACAUCAUCCUCGCUGGAGACCGCUGGACUCUGAUCUAGGAAACGGGUGUUUACCAGUCUGUAGGAGGGCAUGCUCUGUGUGCACACACACCUGCACUGAGCAAUUACAGUACGUUUGCUCACUGUUCUGCUGAAUGGCAAGUGGACAGCCUUGAGUUAUGUAACUUCUCGCUACGCUGUACUCUGUUCUCUCCAUCUAUUUCUUGCUGUCACAGCAGAGUGGGAAGAGCAGAGGCGUGGGCGAGGAGGAGCGUGAUUUUCAAAAAGUGCCUUCUGUGAGAUUGUUGGGGGACCCUGAAAAUACUUGAAAUUGUGACAGCGGAAAGGUUCUUCUUCUCAGCAGCCUUUUUGCUCCUUACUCUAUACAAGGCUUUAUAUCAUUUAUUGCUGUUUCUUUCCUCUCAUGGGCCUAGAUCAGUAAAGCCUAUGCCAUUUACAACCACUACUAUCACUACUUCUACUACUCCAAUGUCAUUAGCAACCAGAGAACCUCAUAGCUCCGGCAGCAACCUGUGCAAACAAGUCAUAAAAAAAAGAAACACUGGACUUACCUCACUCUCUUUACUACAGCACCCACCUCUACUCUACAACCUCCGCUUCCUCCUCUUCUCGUGUUGUACUGUAUACAAACACAAGGCUUAGGCAACCGCUCAUUCACAUCCACCUGAAUGCACACCACAAUGCAAACUUAAACCAUACCGAAAUACAACAUCCUCUGCUCUUCACUUCAAUUGUUUUUGUUUUUUGUUUACUUUUACUCAGUGCCUCACACAGGUCUUAAAAUUCGGUGGGGACAAGAAUUGUAAAUAAUAACGAUAUUUAUUAUUGCUGUGACUUCUUUCUCUCACUCUCACAAUGAGCUUUUUGUCACAGAAUUUAUUUAUUUAUUUAUGAGAGAAUUUCGGCUGUACGUAUAUAUUUCAUUCCACAGUCACUGAAGGGCCCACAGAUUAUUUAAAAGACAAACAAAGACAAGAUGAUUUUUUUUUUUGACCAUAUUUAUGGCUUGAAAUUUUAAAAGAGCAGAUGUGUGUGUGUAUGUUUGUGUAUGUAAUGUAAAUAACGUGUAAUUAGUCCUGAAAGCACUUCCAUCUUAAUGUAUGUAAACAAUGAACGUCUACUGAUGGUAACUUGUUUCGUUACGCUGUUGUCUGCUGUGGUGAGCGAGUGAAUUCUGAAUGUUGGAUGUUUGUGUGUGAAUGUAUAUGAAUGUGCUUCUGUGUGUGAGAGAUGUGAGAAUGAGAAACUGGUUGCAUGAUUGCAGCUUGGAUUGUUGUGUUUUUUUUUUCAUCCUUUCAAAUUAGAAUUGUAAAUUAUGUUAGAAACUAUUUUUAUACGAUUUCAAUAAAUAUUUUUUUAACUAUGA